AUGAACAAGUCUUUUCUGUUAAUAGCUUCCUACUUCUUCCUUGUUGUUCAUCUUGGCACGGUGAUAACACAACGUAGCCAAGAUGAAUCUUCUCACCAGUACGUCCACUUGGCAGGGAAUGGCCACAGCAUAAAAAAGGCCACCCUCGAUAAUGACAUACCUGAGGGGGAAAUAUUAACAAAAAAACAGUCUUUUCUUCAAAAUAACACUUUAGCAGCAGGAUCACCACCGCCACCAUGCGUGGGUAACGACUGCUUUUGUCAGAAUUUUUACGACUUGACUUUAAUUAUCGACGAAUCUGCAAGCAUAGGAAUUCAAAAUUGGGGAAAGCAUGUCAUCCCAUUUACAGAUAAAAUUAUAAAGGACUUACAUAUUAGCAAAAAUGAAGUCCACGUAGGAAUCUUGUUGUUUUCCAACUUCAUCAGAGACUACGUUACCUUUGAUAAAGACGAAAGCUAUAAGAAGGAUGAGCUUUUGAAAAAAGUGGAUGAGCUAAAAAAAAAAUAUGGUGCUGGAGGUGGAACCAAGAUUGUCUCAGCUUUGGAUUACGCAUUGGAGAAGUACACUCACCAUAAGAAAGGGAGACCCAAUGCCCCCAAAGUAACCAUACUUUUUACUGACGGAAACGACACCUCCCCAGGCAGCUCUACUAGGCUCCUUGAUAUGGGAUUAACGUACAGAAAACAAAACGUAAAAUUGUUAGUUCUUGGUGUUGCAGCAGCAAAAGACGUUAAUUUAAGAGAAAUAGCUGGCUGUGGAGAAAAAAAUGCCCCUUGUCCAAAUGCCAUGAAGGCAGAAUGGGAGACUAUAAAUGAUAUAACGAAAAAGUUAACGAACAAAAUAUGUCACACGGAGGAGGAAGAUGAGGAUAUCAUCACUGCUACUACCCCCCCACAGCAAAAUACCUGCCAAGGAGAUGACUGUUUCUGUGAAGACUACUACGACUUAACUUUAAUCUUAGAUGAAUCCGGAAGUAUUACCCUGAAUAAGUGGAAAAUUGACGUUGUCCCCUUUGCAGAAAAGGUAGUAAGUAAUUUAAACAUAAGCAAAGAUAAAAUACACGUAGGCAUUAUGCGUUUUGCCGUUAAGGUAAAAGAAGAUGUUAGUUACGGACAGGAGACGAGAUAUGACAAAAAUGCCUUAAUAAAUGUAGUUACAGGAUUGAGAGACAAGUAUGGAGCCGGACAAGGAACCCGCCUUGUGGAUGCCUUAAAACACGCGCUUACAAAUUUCACGAGACAUCCAAACAACAGGCCCAACGCACCUAAAGUGACAAUUUUAUUCACGGAUGGAAAUGAAAAUUACAGAGGAUCCAAUGACGUACGCGAUAUAGGAUUGAAAUAUAGGAAGGAAAACGUGAGGCUCAUUGUGGUAGGGGUUUACAAAGCUACCAUAAAGAGUCUAAAAAUGUUGGCUGGCUGCAAUGAGAAUGAGAACUGCCCGCAGGUCAUCAAGUGCGAUUGGGACCAGUUGACCAGCAUAACGGAGGUGAUCACGGAUAAGAUAUGCGACAUAGAUGCGGGGGGAAAUCUCCCUGGUUUGACAGACGGUUCGCAGAAUCCAGGCGGUGCAGAGAAACCGGGCAGUUCGGAGAAGCCAGACGGUACGGAAAAACCGGGCAGUUCGGAGAAGCCAGACGGUACGGAAAAACCGGGCAGCUCGGAGAAGCCAGACGGUACGGAAAAACCGGGCUCCGGAGGCCCCUCCGAACCAGAGCAGCAGCACCCCCCCUGCGCAGACUGGGACGACUGCUACUGCAAACACUUCUACGACUUAACCCUAGUUUUGGACGAAUCGGCAAGUAUAGGCAAUUUCAGAUGGAGCCACGAAGUCGUUCCGUUUGCGACAGAAAUUGUAAAAUCAUUACACGUGGGCUACGACGCAGUGCACGUAGGCCUCUUUCUCUUUGCUGACUCAAGAAGAGACAUUGUGAGAUUUUCCGACGCAACCAGAUAUGACAAAUCGUUCCUGUUGCAAAAGAUAGAGAGCUUAAAAGGGGAUUACAGAAACGGGAAGAAAACCUACAUUGUGCAAGCCCUGGUAUAUGCAUUAAUGAGUUAUACAAAAAGCUCAAGUAGAGUGAAUGCCCCCAAGGUAACGAUGAUCUUUACAGAUGGCAAUGACUCCAGCGAGUCAGAUGAGAGAUUAUACAAAACUGGCUUGUUGUAUAGGCGAGAAAAGGUGAAGCUACUAGUGUUGGGCGUUUCUAUGGCUGAUGAGAACAGGCUAAGGCUACUAGUGGGCUGCAUGCGAAGUGCAAACUGUCCAUUUGUGAUUAAGGCCGAGUGGGGACAAUUGCCCAGUAUGUCGAACGAAUUCGUGAGGAGGAUAUGUAGCUCGGGUCCUGUAAUACCUCCCGAGGUUGGAAACAGCCCACCACCACCACCACCUGAGGUGGUUAACCCAACGGACCCAGAACCAGUUGUUCCCCCAUGUCAGGGAGAUGAGUGCCUUUGUCAAAGCAUGUACGAUUUGACUUUAAUUCUGGACGAAUCAGGCAGCAUAGGAAACUCGAAUUGGAAAAAGCAAGUGUACCCCUUCGUGGAAAAAAUCGUAAACAAUUUAGAAGUUUCGGAGAGCAAGGUCCAUGUCGGGAUUAUGCUAUUCGCUAAAAAGAUGCGAGAUUUUGUGAAGUUUUCCGAGAAGGAGAGUUAUGAGAAGGACAGUUUAAUGAGGAAAGUCCCCGAGUUGAAAGGUACAUAUAAGGCUGGGACACACACUUACAUAGUGGAGUCUCUAGAGUAUGGCCUACAGCAUUAUACAAAGGGGCCAAACAGCAGGGCAGAUAUGCCCAAGGUGACCAUCUUGUUUACAGACGGGAAUGAAAGCAAGUCUGGAGAUGAAAUUUUGUCCAACGUGAGUUCCCUGUACAAGAAAGAGAACGUGAAACUGUUGGUGGUUGGUGUUGGCGCUGCAAGCAUGCCUAAGUUGAGACUACUGGGGGGAUGUCACAAGACGGAGGGAGAUUGCCCCUUCGCUAUAAAGACGGAGUGGAACAGUCUCAAAGAUAUAUCACAGGGGAUGGUAGACAAGAUAUGCAACACAGAUACGGAGAUAAUCCCACCACCACCAUCCUCAGGAGGGGCCGAAGUGACGCCUCCAUCAUGCACCGGUGAGGAAUGCUUCUGUAAAGACUACUACGACUUGACAUUUAUAGGGGCCCCGUCCACAAAUAACAAUAGCAGAAGGAAGAAUGAACUUAUGGAAUAUGUUACGAGAAUUGUUAAUUCGUUUAACGUAGGUGAGAAGAACGUGCAUGUCUCUCUUUCUCUGCACUUGGGCGCGAAGAUGGUGAACACUGACUUUGGCAAUGCGGUGGCGAGGGACAAGAAGGAACUACUGAGUGCGUUAGAAGUCAUGUCGGCGGAGUAUGUGAACUUGGGCAGAAAAACGAACAUUGCGGAGGCUUUAACAGUGGGGUUAAAGCAGUCUUUUUCGACUGGGCAUAGGGAAGACGCCCCCAAGAUAGCGGUGCUACUGACAGAUAGUAACAAUGAUGAGUCUGAGCAGGGGAUGCUGCAAAGCGUGUCCAAGCAGUACGCAGAUAAGAAGGUUAAACUGUUGGUGGUGGGCAUAGGGAAGCUACCCGAGGAGUUGCUAUUCAUCACGGCGGGAUGUGCCUUAAGCAGUAGUGGAGGUGAUCAUCGUAAGGAUCAGAUUUGCCCCAAUGUCUUCAUCUCUUCUAGAUUUUCAUACAUAAACAGCGUGGAAAAAUUUUUAAGCGGAAACAUAUGUGAUAAUGGCGCAGGUGGUGGUGCAGCUGUUGUGCCUCCUCCUUCUUCUUCGCUACCCCCCCCAAAUGUCCCAUGCCAAAAUGACGAAUCGUGUGCAGAAUGUGACGACGACGUAUGCAAUAAUGACCCGACCUGUAAAAAAGUUUUCGACAUAGCAAUCGUGGUAGAUCAAUCGAGUAGCAUCACGAAUGAUCAGUGGAAGAAAUACGUGAGGCCUUUCUCGAUUAACGUCAUUAAGUCGAAUUACUUGGCCAAAAAUAGGACUCAUGUGACUAUGGUGAAGAUGGGAAGGACAGCAAAGGUUCUAUGGGAAUUAGGAAGGAAGGUUAGCUACUUUGGCGGGCUGAACGGAAUGAACCAU